AUGUCGGAUUUCCCUGGCCCACGAAACUUUAGUCUACGAAGCGUGAACUCAAGCAAGCCCCAGGUUUAUCGAACAGAUUCCGAAGCACAGUCUGUUGCGGCAUCAGACGAUUACUAUUCUUUUUCAGAACGCGCAGGAACCUCGAGUCCUGACAGCCAAAUGACAGCCAUGAAUUAUGCAACCCCUCAGUCGAGGCCCUCCUCUCAGGCAUCCUCGCCCUCAGUCGCACAAGCACAGCAAUAUGUGGUCCAUGCGAGUCACCGAGAGCAAGAAGCUGCAGAAGAUCGAGGGACCCCUCGACCAGCAACCGCGAGUACAGUCCGAUUUGGUGAGGAUAGAAUCGCUCGUAUUAGUCCCAAGUCAGAUGAGACUGUGCGCCGUGUUCCAAGUGAUUACGCAGGUCCGGCACCAACUCCUGGACUAGAUGACACACCUUAUGUUCAAUACGCACUUAAUCAACUUACUCGCGAGGAAGAAGCCAGUGGACCAAGUCGACAAGAUUCGAUUUCGACAACCACCGAUUAUCCUACGGAUCGCUUAAUAUGGGAUCAAGGACUCGGGUAUUUUACUCGCACCCGAACCCCGAUCCAGCAUAUUGAGGUUCCCGAACGACCGAAGUACAAGUCCCCAUCUCCCCAAGCCUUACCCCAAAGGCCGUCAUCGGUUGACCCUGAAGCAUUUGUUGCUGCUGAAGCUCCCGAGGCGAGUCUAUUAUACCCUGCUCUUGAUUACCUUCCCUUGGUCCUUCGCCCGUGGGCGCUUCUUUUGGCAAUUUUUGCCUGCCUCCUCAUGAUCGCUGGGAUCGCAUUCUGUAAUGUCUGGUCUCAUAGGCAUCAAGGUAUCUGGGAUUACGAGGGCCUGGGUGGUGGAAGAUAUUUUGUGAUGCAGUUUCUUCCCCAGAUACUAGCUGCGCCUAUCGUGAUCUGGACCUUUGUGAUCCAGGCUGCGAUAUAUCGCACAGCGCCUUUUGCAAUCAUGGCGGCUGAACGCCAGAAAGGAACUGUAUUGCAACGAUUACCAAUUCUCCCACGGAACUUCAUCCUGCCAGACCUUUCUCAUUUUCGUCAUGGCGAGCCCCUGUUUGGGUUCUCAUUGUUUACGAUUUGGUUAUCCAACUUUUUCUCCAUCCCACUUCUGAGCUGUCUGUUCCAAGCCAAAUACUACUCGAUCGACGGUGAAGGAGUGUGGCGAUGGAGUUCAGUUGAGGGUCUCGGUUGGACAGUGAUUGCGUCCUAUGGACUCCUUGUUAUCGGCCUAGCACUUCUUAUGUUCAGAUUCGUGCGAGGAUGGUCCGGUCUGAUGUGGGAUCCAGUUUGCCUGGCCGACAUUAUCUCGAUUAUCCAACGGUCGAACAUUCUCCACGAUUAUGAGUACUCGGAGGUAGUUCCAAAUGUUGCUGAUAGUCUCGACUCUCGAGUCCUCCGCCUGGGUUACUGGAAACUUUCAAUGAAACGAGAAGUCUUUUAUGGUAUCGGUGAGGCUGAUGCUCCGAUCCGAAAUCGAUCACUUCACCAGACCGAAAAGAGUCUGCAAAAGCAGCCUCAAGGAAUGAGCAAGGUCCAAUUUGACCUAGAAAGCCAACGUACAGUUGUCGGUCAGCCGCUCGACCACCAUCUGUAUUCAACUACCACCCGAUACCGCUGGACACCAUGGUUCCUCCGCAAACCCGCGGUGAUUACCUGGAUUCUGGUUGUAUUUGCCCUUUUCAUCGCAUUCGUCACUGUCAGCUUCGUCAACAAUGCGAUUAUUGGUGGCUUCCCUCCCAAGCUUCCAACUCUCCCAUCUACAAGUGCCUUCUCAUCCUCCAACUUCCUCUACAGCUUCAUCCCCGCCCUGAUUGGUAAUUUCCUGUACCUCGCAUGGCAACCAAUAGACCUAUACUUCCGCGCUCUCCAGCCCUUCGUCGAACUCUCCGCACCAAACGGGGCAUCAGCCGAUAAGAGCAUCCUCCUCGCCUACCUCUCCGCCCUCCCCAUCCAGGUAACAAUGCAAGCCAUUAUCAACCGCCACUUCAAAGUUGCCUGGCUAUCAUUCAUGAGCCUCGUCUCAAUCUCGAUUCCAAUCAUCGCGGGCGGUAUCUUCAUCGCACUCUGGUACCCAUCCGAUAACCAAGUCCGCAUCUCAGCCUUGAUGCCAGCUUACUACGCCCUAAUCGCCUUCUGCGCUCUAUAUGCAGUCUGCUUCCUAGCUAUUUGGCCUGGUCGUCGUCGCUACCUUCCACACGAUAUUAGCACACUUUCCGAUCUCAUGUCCUUCCUCUAUCAAUCACCUCUUCUUGCCGAUAAACUUCUUCGUGAACCACGGAGUAAGACUGAUCUCGUUACUCGACUUAUCGUCGCCCCACCAUCAGAACGCAUGUUUCCUACCUACGGUUUUGGAAUUUAUGUGGGUCGUGAUGGUAAAGAGCAUCUCGGAAUCGACCGCUUCUCUCGACCAGGUCGAACGGAUAUGCUUAUCACGACCGGAUCCAUGAAAUAG